AUGCUGAAGAGACCCCAUCCAGAAGAUGAUGAAAGCAACCUUCAGAAACGACCACGCUCCAACAAUGGAUCCCCUAUGCCAACCAACAAUGGGGGGAUCAGCAAGGAGGAAAUCGAAAGGAUGGUUGCUGAGGCGCGUGCAAAGGCAGAGGCUGCUCGAGCGAAAAUUCAAGCUGCAAGAGGAGGCACUGCGACACCAGUGUUGGGGUCAAGUAUCCAAGCACCAUCUUCAGCAACAACAGCUAGUCCAGCACUUUCGAGACUCGAGCAAAUUAAGGCGAGAGUGGCCGCAGCUACAGGAAAACGAACUGAGUCACCAGUUCCUUCGUUCAAGUCUGGUAAAUCCAAAACGCAACUAGAUCUGUCCGGCCCUUCCCUCGAAGAAACGAAAAACAACCCAUAUUUUGAUCCCAACCUCGGUGCAAAAACUGCUCUAGCGAAGCCUCGUCAAUCACGUCAGCUUGUAUUUAAUCAAAAAGGGAAAUAUAUCCAGCAAGCAGCAGCACUUCGCCGACUAGCUCAGCUAGAGGCUAUGAAAAAGAAGAUCGCGGAGCGUGCACGCCAAGCAGGCGUAGACGAAGAUUUAGAUGUUGAAAAAGCGUUCCUCGUUCCAACUCCUCCAGCAAUCGAAUGGUGGGAUGAGGGUUUGGUCAACGGUUCGAAUUAUUCUGCCAUUGAUGACCCUCAAAAUCUCAAGAUUGACACUCCAGAUACUGUAGUCUCUUUAUAUAUUCAGCAUCCUGUUCUCCUCGAUCCUCCGCAAGAUAAAAACAUACCAGCGCCAAAGCCAAUGUUUCUUACGCCGAAAGAGCAAGCCAAAAUCCGGCGCCAGCGGCGAAUGGCCGAUCUUAAAGAACAACAGGCAAAGAUAAGAUUAGGGCUCGAGCCUGCUCCACCACCAAAAGUCAAGAAGUCCAAUCUUAUGCGCGUUCUAGGUGAAGAAGCCGUCAAGGAUCCGACCGCUGUCGAAGCCCGUGUCAACCGGGAAAUCGCCGAACGAUUCAACAAACACGUGACAGCGAAUGAAUCCCGGAAGUUAACAAGAGAGCAACGGCUUGAGAAACUUGCCAUUCAGCAAGAACAAGACGCGCUGAAAGGCAUACACAUGUCCGUUUAUAAAAUAGACAACCUCGCAAACGGCCGUCACCGUUUUAAAAUCAGCAAAAACGCAGAACAGAACAACCUAUCAGGCAUGUGUAUUUUGCAUCCGAAAUUCAACCUCGUGAUUGUCGAGGGUGGUCAUCAUUCCAUCUCCGCGUACAGGAAACUCAUGCUCAAUCGCAUUGACUGGACAGAGAAUACUCAUCCAAACAACGAACGCGAAGCGCUCGCAUUAUGGCUUGUCGCAGAGGAUGAGAAGACAGGAGAACUGAAGGAUUUGAGUCAAAACACAUGUACACUAGUUUGGGAGGGGGAGGAGAAAACUAGAGCGUUUAGAAAAUGGUUGGGUGCGCGUGUAUGUGAGACGGAUGCUGCAGCAAAGGAUGCAUUGUCGCGGGCUAAGCUAGAAAACUUUUGGACUUUGGCUAAAAGCAUGAAGGCUGAGAAAAUUUAA